UCACCGUACACUGGGAUCCGGGAACCGAAUUAAAAUGUAAAUACAGCAACAGCUUCAACGCAAAAACAUCUUUCCAGAUGAGAUGCGUGUUUUUCCUCUGCGGUGCACGCGGAUGACAGCACACAAUAUCUACUCAACCACCAUCCAUCGUCAUGAACAUGCAUAUGUGGAUAUUGGCCAUACUGUCUUUUGCCACGUUUUUCACCUUAAUUGAGAUGUUAGACAUUCAUGGGGAUAUAUGUACAGGCCUGUGCGUCUGUGAAGAAAGAGACGGGAUUUUUACAGCCAGCUGUGAAAACAGAGGAAUUAACAAUCUGUCUGAGGUAACACCUUUACACUUCACUGCUUAUCAUCUUCUGCUCACAGGGAAUCUGUUAAAGAAAGUCUCCCUCAACGAUUUCGUUCAGUAUGAAGGACUCACCAUUUUACAUCUAGGCAACAACGAUAUAUCAGAAAUCGAUGGUGGGGCUUUUAACGGACUCCAGGGAUUAAAACGACUGCAUCUAAACAAUAACAAAAUCGAGGCACUAAAUGACGACACAUUCCUCGGACUUGAAAGCCUGGAGUACCUACAGAUUGACUAUAAUUAUAUUAGCCACAUUGAACAGAAAGCCCUGAGCGUUUUACGUCACUUAGAGGUGCUCAUCCUCAAUGACAAUUUGCUAUCCGCUCUGCCAAACAACAUCUUUCAGUAUGUUCCUUUAACUCAUCUCGACCUGAGAGGCAAUCAACUCAAAGUGCUUCCCUAUAUCGGCCUUCUGGAGCACCUGAGUCACAUUGUGGAGUUACAGCUUGAAGAAAACCCGUGGAAUUGUUCUUGCGAAUUAAUUGCGCUAAAAGCCUGGCUUGAAAGCAUAUCUUACACAGCUUUGGUCGGAGAUGUGGUUUGCGAGACUCCCUUUCGAUUGCACGGACGAGACCUCGACGAAAUCUCAAAGCAAGAACUGUGUCCCCGCAGAGCCAUCGCCGAAUACGAAAUGCGCGCAGAACCGGCUCACAGCAGCGAGAUCCUCUACAAAACCACGCCAGCGACGUUCACAGCGGGAUUUGCAUCCUCAACCAUCUUGCGCGCCACAAAAAGCAGCCGUUUAUCAGGAAAACUUCGCGUUAAACCCACUUCGCGCUCGUCUUCAAGCAAGCCGCAGAAUUACGGCCCAAUGUUGGCCUACCAAACCAAAUCUCCGGUUCCUCUAGACUGUCCCAACGCAUGCACAUGCAAUCUCCAAAUCUCAGACCUCGGGUUGAACGUCAACUGCCAAGAGCGGAAAAUCGAAAGCAUCUCGGAUCUUGAUCCCAAGCCGUACAACCCCAAAAAAAUUUACUUAACCGGAAACUAUAUCUCUUCGGUGUGCAGUUCCGACUUCAAUGGCGCAACCGGAUUGGAUUUGCUCCACUUAGGCAACAACCGCAUAGCCGUCAUUCACGAUAGGACAUUCGGCCAGCUUAUACACUUAAGAAGGCUUUACUUAAACGGCAACUUAAUCGAGCGGCUCACCGAGGAUAUGUUCUACGGUUUACAAAGCUUGCAGUUUUUGUAUUUGGAGUAUAACGUUAUUCGAGAGAUCGCAGUUGGCGCCUUCCAGCAGGUGCCCAAUCUUCAAUUGCUGUUUCUCAACAACAACCUCCUCAAGACUCUACCACUGGGCGUCUUUGACGGAUUAAGCCUGGCUCGAUUGAAUCUGCGCAGCAACCACUUACGAACUCUUCCGGUCGCCGGCGUUCUCGAAGACCUAACGGCGCUGGUGCAGAUCGAUCUCUUCGAGAACCCUUGGGAUUGCUCGUGCCUCGCGGUGGAGAUGAAAAACUGGUUGGAGCAGCUCAGCACCGGUACCGUGGUGAACAGCGUCGUUUGCGAAUCUCCGCUCAGUCUCUCGGGAGAGGAUAUGCGAUACGUUCGUGCAUCUCAUCUUUGCCUGGAAAGCUCAAACACGAAAUCUACCGUCGUGCUGCCCUCGGAGGAAUCCUUUCCUGGUAGUACUAUCACUUUAGAAUCAGCCGUGGAUUAUGACACGCAGUAUCCCGCGGUCCCCCUUUCCGUUCUUAUACUCGCUUUGUUGCUCCUUUUUAUAUUAUCCGUUUUCGUCGCCGCUGGAUUGUUUGCUGUCAUAAUGAAGCGGCGUAAAAAGUCUGAACGCCUGGCUUCGGUAACCGCCAAUGCAAGCUCCUUCAAUGCAAUCUACACCGACAGAGCGAAGUCUAGAACAUCGACGGGCCACGUCUACGAGUACAUCCCAUCCGCAACAGAAAGCGCUGCGAAAAACGGCCCCUAUAGUGAGGGAAGCGCAAUCGAGAGUUACAGAGACUUCGAAGAACUCAAUAGAGUUCUGGCAUCCAAUUUGGAUGAAGACGUCGGGAGCAACGCGAUAAGCUCCGAGUUCAGCGCCGGCACUCCAGACGCGCUCAACAGACACUCUCCUCUCUUGGAUGUCAACUACUUUUACCGAGAUAUCUUGACUAGGGACCAGCAGGCCUCUUACAGGGGUAAUUUAGCAUGUAAGCAUGGCACACAUGCAUCAGCUCACUGCGCGCCAGACUUUGAUGCGAGACAUCAAUACUUGAAUCCGGAAAGGGUACAGCAGACCAUGGUGUACUGCUCGACGCCAAACACCGUCUACAUAGAGCCCAACAGAAGCGAAUACUGGGAACUGAAAGCCAAGCUUCAUUUCGAACCGGACUAUUUGGAGGUUCAUGAGAAAAGGACGACCUUCACACAGUUCUGAAAUAUGGAUUUUUCUUGAUUUUUUUUAGUUUGGGAG